UAUAAAUAGGGGAUGACUAAUCAGGGUAAGGACGUCUGUGGUCUGGUGGUUAAAUACGGCGAUGCUGGGCCGCUGAAGAGAGUUGUUGGAUCGGAUUUGGGUACAGUAGCGAGUGUAAACCAGCCUACCGUACAGUGUACGUAUUGUAUGUACAGGUACAGUGAGGUUGUCUACACGUCGAACGCAGUGGGAUCGAGCCGAAAAUCCACUGCACAGUACCUCCAUCAGUCACGACUACCUGGACCCGGUCCAAACAAUGAACCCCAUUCUUCGGUUAUGACUACGCGACACCCACAACCUGCUGCAGUCCUUAACGAUGCCUCAUAAAACAUGAAAACAGUGAUCUGCAUUGAGCCUGCGGUUUGUGGCACAUCAAUCUCCAGAUAAUGCUCCCUAUCAUAAAAAGGAGAGCGACGGAAGUCCGGCACUAAACAUAAGCAGCAAACUGGAGCGGAGAGCGAGGGGCCGGAACGGGGGAGAAACGCUGUUAAACUGUGGACGGCUCGGGCCGAGCAACCACGUUACCUACGUGUACCUGCGUGAAAGGUUUUGGGAGGACGAUCGUUCGCAUUUGCACUCGCUUCGACACCAUGGAUGCGAAUGUAUUUAAUCCGGCUCCCCAAAGUCAGUGGAAUACUCAAAACAAACGGACUCUGGCCGUCGUAGAUGCAGUGUGGACAUGCUUACUACGGGUGUCACUCGGACUUUUCAUACUUCUGGGACCAUACACGCAGGCUGCACCGACAAGUACGCACCUACCGGGGGAAGACGAUGCCGCAGGCCCGGAAGAGCUCGUCACCCCGGGACAGCUGAGAACAGGCUAUAACUACCUUACAAAAUAUGGCUUCUUACCCAAGCCCGACCCCGUAGCGGGCAGCCUCCGGUCGCAGGCGGAAUUCUACGAGGGAAUCCGGGCGUUUCAAACUUUCUAUGGGUUACCAGUGACGGGGACAUUUGACACCCGUACGGCGCAGCUGAUGGCCUUGCCGCGUUGUGGCUUACCUGAUAUCAUGCGAGACGACGACGAAGACGGAAGAAGAAAACGACGAUACGUUCACACAGGAGCCCAUUGGGACAAACAAGACGUAACUUACAGAAUAACGAACUAUUCACCAGACUUAACGAGAUCGGAAACAGAUGAAGCUAUCGCGAGCGCCUUACAACUUUGGGGUGACGUCAUACCAUUAAACUUCCGAAAGCUGGAAAUAGGCACAGCAGAUAUUGAAAUCAGCUUUGCUAGGGGACUGCACCGGGACGAUUACCCGUUUGACGGGCCAGGAGGCACCCUGGCACACGCGUUCUUCCCCGGGGACGAUCUUGGAGGUGAUGCACACUUUGACGAUGACGAGCGGUUCACAGUCAAGGCCUAUGAAGGCACCAAUCUCUUCAUUGUUGCCGCCCACGAGUUCGGCCAUAGCCUGGGCUUAGGCCAUUCGUCGGACCUGUCGUCGCUGAUGGCGCCCUUCUACCAGGGGUACAAACCGAACUACGUGCUUCCCUAUGAUGAUCACGUGGGAGCGCAAAGUCUUUACGGUGCUCGACCCGGAUCUGUUCCGUCCCGUGGGGGAAACACAGGGGGUGGGGCACCGGGACCCCCAGACCGGGCAAAUCCGACCUCAGAGCCCGAAACAAACCCAAGUUGUAGGGGGUCCUACAAUGCCAUCGCUAAAAUACGAGGAGAGCUAAUGCUGUUUAAGGGCAAGACUUUUUGGCGGAUGCUCGAGAAGGGACAUCCACUGGAGGGCUAUCCAAUCGACACGGACAGAUUCUGGGAUCAGCUGCCGACUAAAGUUGACGCCGCUUACGAAAGGAUUGACAGCAAGAUUCUCUUUUUCAAAGGGGCGAGUUACUGGGAGUACUCAGGAACGACUCGUGAUCCCUCCUUCCCUCGGCCUAUCAGGGAGCUUGGUCUCCCCAAUGACAUUGAUGCUGCUCUACCCUGGGGAGAAACUGGCAAGACCUACUUCUUCAAGGGAGAUCAGUACUGGCGGUAUGAUGAGAUGGAGCGGCAGGUAGACAUGGGUUAUCCCAAGAGUGUGAGAGAGAAGUGGGAUACUGCCGUGCCCACCAACAUGGACACCGCCUUCAGAUUUGUCGACGCAGAAACUGGCACGUGGUACACCUACUUUCUGAGAAAUAAGAAGUACUGGCAAUUUGAUGAGAGCCGUGGCAAGGUAGACAAGGGAUUUCCCAGGUCCUUCGACGUGGACUGGAUGGGUUGCCCGGAGCCAGCAAGUAAUCUCGUUGAAGAUUCCACCAGCAGAGCAGACGUGGUUGUGGAGCCGCCCAGGACCGAGAAAAUGAUAGGCUCCGGUGCGGAUUCCGCCCGGGGAUUGUCUUACCUGACUCACAUUUCCUUGCUUGUCCUAUGUUCAUGGAUGCUGACGGGAUGACGACUAUCUUGUCAUUAGAGACUUUUUUCUGUGUGACUCGUACAACGAAACGUGUGUUAUAAAAUUGCUUAUUAACCAUUUAAAUGCUGCAAAAUCUGUAUUUGAUGUGUGUUUAGGAAUACAUAUAUACCUGAAGUCAGGACACAGCAAGCUGAAAAUGUUUGACUUCGUUUAUUCUAAAAAGGGCAGACUAGUUUGAUUAAUAAGUGCAUCUAGGCUAUUUGGUUGUUCCUGGAUAUUAUGCUGUGCUGGGGGGAGUCAAAUUCUGUGAAGUUCAAUAUUCAGCGAUAGUUAGAGGCGUUGUAUCGUUUUGAAGGCGUCUUAACGAUUAUUUCUUAGGAUUUGCUUCUUACAGAAUCUUUUAACUGUGGAAAAAUGAAAUUCAAUCUGAUUAGUAAACGGGGGGCUAAAGGGCCUCUUCAUUUCUGAACAAAGAGCAAUUUAAAGUCUCUUUAAAAGAAACUUAAAAUGAUGAUGUAACAUGCUCAAAGUAGGCCUAUUAGUCGAAACUGCUCUGUCCUGUUGUGGCUGCAUGAUUGAAGUAUUUGGUGUAUUUAUAACAAUACGGCCGUUUCACAGUAGGGCGCCUCCAAGAGUUUGCAAUGCGUUGGCCAAUCACAACGCUCGAAAUUUGUCGACCUUUUCUAAACGCGCUUUGGGUACAACUUUCGUGCAUUGUGAUUGGCCAACGCGUUGCAAACUCUUGGUGGCGCACUAUUGUGAAACGGCCGUAUUGGUUUCCAUCACUGUGGUGCUAUUUAAUAGCAGGUAUUCAGCUUUCGGUAUUCACGAAGUACUUACGAAGUUAAAUCGUGUAUCUAACACUCGAUGGUGACAGUGAAUGUAAUCAGGGUCAAAACACACCUCUAUACUCGAUGCAGUGUGCGUUUUCUGAAAUAGCAGUUCUACUUUUCUGUUAUCCGCCAGCAAAUAUGUGUUCUCUUUGAUGUCGUUUGAGAUUGGAAUCUGCUUUGCAUUCAUGGGACGGCGGGGCUUGAAAUAAUUAAAAGCUUUUCCGUGCCUUUUCGUGUCUUGUAACGUUUGAUUAUGGCAUUGAUGUGCAUCAAUAAUUAAGCAACGGAUGGCACACACAAUACAUUCGGAAAGGUAUGUCUGUGCUGCCAGAAGUGAAUCGCCGAGUUUGCUGUCGGUUUGUUGUACGUCAUCGAUGACAUGUUUAAUGCUUUGGUCUGAAUACUGUGUACAUUCGUUUGUGAAACUGUCAAACUAUUGCCUGUGAUAAUUGAGAGUAACAGCUUUCAUGUAACUUUUCUUGUCUGUUAUACGCCAUAGAUUAACCACGCAUGCACAAAAACUACACGAAGUCUCUCUUUUGAGUAGAGAUCUCUUUAUGCCCAUUACAAAACUACACUUCAAUCCAAAUUAGGUUAAAGAUACCGAGGCUUAGAUACAGUAUUCCCAGUGUCGCAACCAUUUCAAUCAUCUGACCUCACGGCCCGAUAAAACUAGACUCCAGUUUCAUUCUGUGUAUUAUAGAUGUACAUAAUGACAUAUUAAGUAUUUGAAUUGGUUUAUGCACAGUUUUGCUUUCUUUUUUCACAUGAAUAAAAUGACAGUGUGAUAUAAGUAAGGGAUGUGACAUACAACAAUUCAGAAUAAUUGUACAUUAAUAAUUUUAUGCAUGGUAUUUUUGUUAUGUCAACGAUGUUGAUGUAUGUGUUUGUAACACCACCAUUGUCGACAAAGAACGAUAUGAUUAAAAUCUUGCAUGUGACUAAUGCACAGCCUGGGGCGUAGCGAAGGCGUUUCCCGGGGGGGGUAUAGUCAAUUUGCCGAAUUUGGAAGCAGUCGCCAACCUCGUGUCGUGUACAAUUCACAAGGUGCGAAAAAUGGAAAUUCGUGGUACGCUGCACGUCAUGCUUCAGGGGAAAUGCCGACGGCCAACGUAUAUCGUUUAUGUACCAAGUCUGGACUCAUUUGCCAACCGGAGCUAUAUUUGUCAACUGGAAUUAUUUAUUGGGGGGUGGGUGUGCCGCACCCCACACCUCUGGUCGCUACGCCCCUAGUACACAGCAGGAAUAAAAGCAAAGAUAAUUUCUUGAAACUAAGCUCCCUGUAAGGUACAAAACUUCCAAAACACUACCAAGGGUUGUGCUUUAUAUACAAAUAUGUUAGCGUCCCGAAAGUAUUUAAUUUAAAUAUUGUAACUAAAAUAUUUUUUUCACACAAAUUGCGGGGCAGUUUGUGACAGUACUUUUAGUACAGUGCAUUAAAAGAAUGAUUAAUAUAACCGUUUUUAAACCCUAGUUAUUUGAUAAGUUCACUGACGUCAAGGUUUAGGGAAACUGGGAACCCAAGAAGAUCUUAUUUUAAAUUGCAUUCUCUAUCAGAGAGGGAAUUCAUUGUUAUGUCGCUGUCACUGAGCUUUUUUUUUAACUUCUGAAUUUACCAACCAUAGCAACUCACGUUUUAUCCUUUUUAAUAUAAAUGUAUUCCAUAACUAUGUGUAAAGCAAACCUUGGCCAACCCAAGCCUCAUAACAGGCAAACUUUAAUAAUUUAAAGGAAAUAUACUGAAAUGACGCUCUUUCCUGUAGAAAAUUUAACAACUUAAGCUUAAAUAUAGGAACAUUGUUGUCCCCAAUCAAUGACAAAAUAUCAAAAAUGCUUGGGAUGUUUACCACCUGCUGGUAUAAAAGAGAAUUAUAAUAAUCCAAUUCAAAAAAAUCCGAGAUAUGUUUACGUCAUUGUAAACUCUGAGCGGGCUCAAGCUGGCUUCGUGUAGUGCGACUAAUUAGUCAAAAUCGUUUCAAUAAAAAAAGACAGAGACAUGCUUUGAACAGCUAUCCCU